UCGUCAGAAGAACGUGUGUAAGGACGCUAUUGUUUUAAAGUUUUUAUUGUUUGCUUUGUUAUAAAGUCUAUUUAGUAUUGCGUUUGUUAUUUGGAUCUGUUCUGCGAGCUGUUGAAGAAAAUGAGCUAUGUGACUUUCUUCUGUUUGCUCUUGUGGAGCCUGUCUGGUGUUUUUUGUGAUAAUGAGUCUGUGUCAGUGAUGGAGGGACAUCCUGUCACUUUAUCUGUCAAUCUCACUGAAACACAGAAAGAGGAGGGAAUCUCCUGGAAGUUUGGACCUACAGGAGUUCUUAUAGCUGGAAUCAUGAGAGAAGACAAUAAUGUCAGGUUAUUUGAUGAUAAACCUGAUGGGAGAUUCAAAAACAGACUGAAGUUAAACAAUCACACUGGAUCUCUGACCAUCACAAACACCAACAUCACACACACUGGACUUUAUCAACUAAUCAACACCAAGACAAACAACAAACUCAAAACAUUUAACAUUAUCGUCUAUGCUCGUCUGCCCGUUCCUGUCAUCAGCAGAGUUUCUUCUCAAUGUUCUUCAUCAUCAUCAUCAUCAAACUGUUCAUUGUUGUGUUCAGUGUUGAAUGUGAGAGAUGUGAGUCUGUCCUGGUACAAAGGAAACAGUUUAUUGUCCAGCAUCAGUGUGUCUGAUCUCAACAUCAGACUCUCUCUACCUCUGGAGGUGGAUUAUCAGGAUAACAACACUUAUAGCUGUGUGGUGAACAAUCCCAUUGGCAAUCAGACUCAAUAUCUAAACAUUAAUGAUGUCUGUCAGUCGUGUUCAGACUUCUGCCAUUGUGGUUUUACUGAAGCUGUGAUCCGAUUGGUCGUCUCUGCUCUGGUGGGUGCGGCUACUGUUGCUGUUCUGGUUUUUGACAUCAGAACCAGAAGAGAUGAAGAGAAGAGGAUGAGAUCAGACAUACUGUAUGGUUAAAUAAUGGAUGAAUCUUAUAUAUGCCUUUAUUUUCAGCUUUUAUUCUGUAUUCAUACAUUACAUUUAUUAAAUAGAUGAUAAGGCAGUCAGUGCAGGAUUUGUUAUAGUUUAGCAGCUCCAUCUAGUGUUUAAACAUUGAAAACACACUGAUAACUAUUUCUUAUAGCUAUCUAUACUCAUAUGUCAACACAUCAUUUCAAUUCAAUAAACCAUCAUGCUCAUUUUUGUGUCUGGAUUAAUUCAUUUAUUUGGAAAAAACAUGCAUUUGAUACAAACAAUGACCUGAGAACAGCACUUCAGUUUACUGUGUGUACAAAUGCAUCAUGCAAACUGUGCAUAUUUUAUAUUUGUGUAAUAUGUGUAAACAGAGCUAAAUGUCGUAGCAACUUUAACUCAAAUCACUUAAUAAAUAAAUGUCUGUAUUUGACUGAUAUUAAAGGGUUUCUGUGUAAUGUCCAUUAUAUGAUUUCUAAAUAUUUCAAUGAAAUGCAGAGUUUGGCAUGUAUUCAUUAAUACUCAAUUCAGAUACACUAACACAUUUAUAAAUAUCCUGGAGGUCUAUGCAGUAUUUAUAUAACAAUAUACACUAUGAAUACUAAAGUCCCUUUUCACAAACAAUAUAAUCCCAACAUUUAUAUAAUGUAAAAUGCAUGUGACUUUCAAUAUGAAAAUUAUGUUCACUAAACAAAAUACAGAUUAAAGCAGCAAUUUUGGCCUCUCUAUCGCCAUCUCUGAUUGAACUAUGAAAUUGCAGCUAUUCAAGUAAUUUUCUGUGUGCUUAGCUGUUUCCAUAACCACUCACUCGUUCACUCAUUCACUACUCCCUAUAUAGCACAUGAUAAUUAAGGCUACUAUUUGGGGAAAAGGCAAAUGAAAAUGAGUAAGUGAUUUCGGUCACUGACGUAAAUACGCAUCAGAUAGCUGUCGCAGAGAUGUCGCAUUUGCUUUUUCACCAAAUAGUGGACUCAAUUGUCAUUUGCUAUAUAGGGAAUAGUGAAUGAGUGAACAAGGGAGCAGUUUCGGACAAAGCUCUAGUGAUGGAAAUUGAUUAUUUCAAGAGAUUUGUUUGUUUUCAGUUCAUUCAUCAAAAUGAAGUAUAUGUAUACUACAUAUAUUAGCCUGCAGGGGGGCAAAAAAGAGUGUGUAAUGUGAUCAUAUAAAGUCAACGAUUGUACUGCAUUAUUAUUUACUUGUUACAAAAAACAGAUUAAACAAAUGAUGACAAAUUAAAUGUGUAAUUUACUUGUUAAAUAAAUAAAAUAAGGUUCCGAUGACCAAAACAUAAGGUUUUAAGAAUAAUGAAACCCAUUUAUUUAAAGGCAAACACCACCGUUUUUCAAUAUUUUACUAUGUUCUUACCCCAACUUAGACUAAUUAAUACAUAACUAUCUUUUGUACAGCGCCUCAUGAAUGUGUUAGCAUUUAGCCUAGCCACAUUCAUUCCUAUUCAAUCUUUUAAAAACAUUUUUUGUUAAAAUGAUGAUAAUUUACAAAAACAAAAAAAAAAACUCACACCAGUUCACUAAGCUACAGGAUUUAAAAUGUUCCUCUGUCAGACUCACUAACAUUUCGCAUGCAUACAUGAAUACACAUCAUACAACACAUGAAUUGAAUGAUUUGAUUAUGCUGGCAAAUGAAUGAAAGGGUUAAAUGCUUCUGUUUCUUUUUCUCUGGUGAGGUCAGCAUUACA